AUGGGCGAGGGAGCAGCAGCGAUACACGACCUUCCCGACCCUGUGCUGAGCAGGGUGCUGGCCGUGGCGGGCAAGCAGCAGGGGCCCGCCGUCACGCUAGUCUGCAAGCGCUUCCAUGCCCUGUUCUUUGCGGAGCCCAGCCUGUGGCACUCCCUCCGCCUGGACUGCAAACCGCCUGGGCUGGCCGGCAAGCGGCGCCACCUGCAGCGCGUCGGCAGCUUGGUGGCUGAGCUGUCGGUAGCGCGCGCCGACCUGCUGCCCGCGAUGAGCAUAGUCGGCGGCGGCGGAGACCGCUGGACUCUGGGCGACGUCCUCGGCGCAGUGCAGCCGAGCAAGCUGUGGCUGGAAGGGCAGCAGCCCUGGCACCUGGAGCCCGGAGACGCCAGUGCCAUCCAGGGGCUGACACAGCUGCGCCAGCUGGGCUGCUACGGGCCGGAGCCGCCCUGGGCGCUGCUGGACAGCCUGGAGCCUUUGCGGCAGCUCACAGCGCUGAGCAUCGCCUGCACGGUGCUGGACAUAGGCCGCCUCAGCCGGCUGACGCAGCUGCGCAGCCUGAUCCUAUACAGCGAGCGCUGCGCGCCGGCCGCGCCCGGUGCCCUGGCCGCCGGGCUGGCGGCGCUGACCAGCCUCAGCCGCCUGGACCUGCGCUCGUGCCGAGGCCUGCCGCCCCUCCAGCCCCUGACCGCGCUGCGCCAGCUGCGCCGCAUGGCCGCGCAGCCGGUGGUGAGUCUGCCAGCGCCCACUGACAUGGCAGGCAGCCUGGCCUUCUUCGAGUUUGAGGGCAACCAAGGGGGCCGGAACGGCUUCGAGGUGGGGCGUGCCCAGCUGACCCGCUGCCGCCUGACGUCGUGGAGCGGCGGCAAGGAGCGGGGCGCCGGCGCCGGCGCCACUGCCGCGCCUGCGGCCAGCCCGAUCGCGUGCACGCUCUGUGUGACCGUCGCCUGCGUGCACAGCUGGGCCUCGCUGCUGGCGGCGCUGCUGCCGCCAGGCCUCGUGCUGAGGAGCCUGCGGGUCCAGGACAGCGACCUGGCCCAGGGCUGGCACAGGCACUGCUGCGCGCUGGAUGGGCUGGAGGGGCUGGAGCUGCUGCGCUGCCGCAACCUGGAGGUGGCGCUGGAGGCCCUGCCAGCGCUGGCGCCGGCGCUCACCCGGCUGCACCUGGAGGCCUGCGACGUGGCUGGCCAGCUGCCGCCGGGCCUGCCGACCAUUGCCAGCCUGCGCUCGCUGACCCUGCGCGAGCAGCACCUGUCGGCGCUGCCUGCCGGAGCCUACCUGCGAGGGCUGACAGCUUUGGACCUGUCUAAUAACUGCUUCCCCGAGGUGCCGCCGGCGCUGGCAGCAGCCACCGCGCUGCGCCAGCUGUCCCUGCGCGCCAACCAGCCGCCGCUGGAGCGAGGCGAGGUGCUCCAGGCGCUGCCAGGGCUGGCGCUGGAGCAGCUGGAGGCCGGCAAGAGAUGA